AUGCGAAGAAAAACCGUUAAACAUAAACCGUUAGGAAACUCGAUGUACUUCCUCCUUGGAUCAAGAUUGUUUAUAAACACUUCUAUUGCUAUUGUUCUUCUACGUUUAUCUGGUGAUAUUGAAAGUAAUCCUGGUCCUGUGUUUGAAAUCCCUGGUUGUUUAAAAAGGGGGCUCAAAGUAAGUCAUCUUAAUGUACGAAGUUUACUUCCGAAGAUUGAUUUGGUACGCAUGUUUAUCAGCAAGAAUCCAUUUGAUGUUUUUACCUUAUCUGAAACUUGGCUUAAACCUACAGUUACUGAUGCAGAAAUUAACAUACCAAACUAUCUAAUUACUCGUCAAGACCGUAAAGAUAAAGCUGGUGGCGGGACAGCUAUUUACGUCAAGGAGAGUUUACCAUAUCGAACACGUGAUGAUUUAUGUAGUAAAACAAUUGAAACAUGUUGGAUUGAGAUUAUACGACCUCGUACGAAAUCAAUGUUUAUUUGCUCGGCCUAUAGACCGCCAGAACUUCCACUAA